UGAACUUUGAACUGGAAUGUGAAAGUAGAAGACUGCAAUGAACACUCAGAGAGUUUUCUUCUUAGUUUGGAUCAUUAACGUUUGUUCCAGCCAGCCCACUGGGAACACAGGUUUCUUCUGGCAAGUGACAGACUUCCACUAUGACGCAAACUACAGCACCAAGGGCAAUCCCUGGAAGAUGUGUCAUGACUCCUCGGAUGGUAGCUACAGUAACAGUAUCUAUGGAAACUAUCAGUGUGAUUCACCGUGGCAUCUGAUCCUGUCAGCCACAGCAGCCAUGAAGAGGCUCCACCCAGACCCAGACUUUAUACUAUGGACAGGAGACAGUGUCCCACAUGUGCCAGAUAGUACCCUUGACCUACAAAAGAAUGCACAGAACAUUGGCAACAUUUCACUGCUCCUGCGGUCCGUGUUCCCCAACACCUCCAUCUACCCUGUGCUGGGUAACCAUGACGAGUACCCCGCGGACGCCUAUCCCCCCGCCCCGGGCUCCGACUACUACACAACCAUCCUCCAUCAAGCCCACUUUGACAAGCUUCUGACAAACGACACGGCUGCCCAGUUCCAGACAGGGGGCUAUUACUCGACCCUGAUUCGGCCUGGACUUCGCGUCAUGGGACUGAACACCAACCUGCUGUACUCCCAGAACAAGCUGACCGGUAAAUCGGCCGACCCAGCCCAGCAGUUCCAGUGGAUGACCGCCACGCUCAGUGAUGCACGAAAGAACAAUGAAAAGGUCAUUCUUUUAUCCCAUGUCCCGCCCGGAUUGUUUGAGAAGUACUCUGAUCUCAUGUGGUUCUACAACGAAUUCAACACGCAAUAUGUUCGCAUCCUGCAGAAUUUCUCGGACGUCAUAACCUCCCAGAUCUACGGGCACGAACACACAGACAGCUACAGGAUUCUAAAAGAUCCAAAAGGUGCCCCCAUUGGUGUAUUGUUCCUGGCCCCUGCAGUCACUCCCUGGAACAGUAGUCUGGCUGGGGUGGGAGCUAACAACCCGUCCAUCAGACUGUACACGUACAACAGGAAGGAUGGCACUGUCCUCAACUACCAGCAAUACUACCUCAACCUGGCCUCCCUCAUCAAGGGAACGGCAAAUUGGACUCUAGAGUACGACGCCAAGAAAGACUUUAAUGUAGGGGACUUGAGUCCAAAAUCCAUGCUUAAUCUGGCUCUUUCCUUCAACAGUGAUAACUCUGUGAUGUUUUCCAAAUACCUGACUUACAACUCUGUGAGCCAGGCUGUGAAUCCAGUGUGUGACUUGGACUGUAAGAUGGUUCAUAUCUGCUCCAUCACCGAGCUGGAGCGAAUGAACUUUGACCUCUGUAAAACCAUCAACCCCACCAAAACCACGAAGAUGCCACAUCCUUCUCCACCCACCCAUCACCGUCAUCCAGUGAGCAAAACAUACAUCUACAUCAUCGUCGGGCUGGCGGCAGUGGUCUUUAUUCUAUUUAUUGUUGUUGGCAUCAUUUGUAUCAGACGCCGGCGACAUUUCAUACCCUACCGUUUCUCAAGGUUUUCCAACUCACUUGGAAGAGGACCGAUUAAUUAGACAUUUCCUUAAAGUAAUUUUUUCAUCUACAGUGACAUGUAGUAAUUAGAUAAAAAAAUACUUGAUUAAGAUUAAUGGGUACUAAAAUCAACUGAAGAUUCUAUUUUACCUAAUAGGUGUUAAUGUACACAUACCAGUAACUCCAUUUCCUGAAUGAUUAAUAGGGUUUGAUAUAACUAUAGGCAUGUAACAGUUGUGGUGUGUUUAUAAGGAGCCUGUGAUAUUAUAAAAGAUUGUGAUCCCAAUACUCUGAAGGGGGGGGGGGGGGGGGGGGCUGAAUAAAGAACUACUGGAUAUAUUAUAAGUGCCUAACUAAUGCUCAAUUUCUUCAUUGUCAUCACUCUUCAUGGAUCUAGUAGGAGGGGGGUCAGGGGGGGUCCAACAGCAGAAUUUAUAUUUCUUAAAAUUACAUUAUAAAAUUACCAAAAAAAAGACUCGGACUCUCCUGUGCAUACUCAAAUAACCGUUGACCCCCCCCCCCCCCCCAUUUUUCCUAGAUCUGUGCAAUCUGUUCUACAUUCCAUGGUUAAUGCUGGUUCAUGAAAUAAGAGAAUGUACUUUAAUUUCAAUGUUUCUCAUCAACAUUAUGUGCUUAAAAUGAUUAUCAAUUUGAUUUUCAAAUUCUGUGAUAGCAUUGUCAUAUUGCUUUAUCAUCUCACGGAGGUUCGAAAUAAGUAAGAUUAUAUUUCAGCGUGUCUGAUAGUCAUGAAGAUUUGGAUUAAAGGGUAUUGCAAAAUAUUUAAGCAACAAUUAAACAAACAUGUUAUCCUGUUACAUAAAUAAUACCUGUAUUCUAUCUAUUUUGUACAGUACUGCAAUUUGUGCCAUGGGAGCAGUGUUGGUGCUAAGUUGUAUAUAUAGUGUAAUAAAAAACCAAAUAAUCAGUGCAAUAGCUUCCUAUACAUAGCCUUUGUUGUAGCCUAGUUGUCUGUUACGGCCUUACGUGUGUAGGUGUGUGUGUGUGUGUGUUUGUAGGUGUCUUGAGAUUGAGAUAGAAUGUGAGUGGUGUUAAAUAACUACAGACAUUGACCUUCACCUUCUCACAGACGUUUCUCUCGUGUCAGGGUUAGACCGAGAUUUAGAUAGCAUGAGGUUCCUGUGCUUACUGGACACUUUCUGGUUCUGAGUUUAAAUUACCUAUAAGUGUGAUGCCUUGAAUUUGAUUUUUAGAAUAUGCAGUAUAACUGUGUGUGUAUGGGUAUCUUGUAAGUUUGAGAUGUAUCAUUUUCUGUCAAUAAAUAAAACUAGAAUUUGUUAUAGAAAUAUUCUAUAUAAAAAACAGAAAUGUAUCACAGAUAAAUCAUUGCAACGAAAUUCCUGAUGAUAUUCUUACGUAACCAUUUGUUUUGAUUCAAUGUUGUUUGAAAUAACAUACAUGUAUGUACAGACAUUUUUUCAUAUUUCAAAUAAAUGAGUAAAAGUAC